GUUAAGAUCGCGAAUUUAAACUUUCAAAAAUUUAAUAAUCAAAAGAUUAUUAAUUAACUUUAGUUUCAAAAAUCUUAAUUCUUCCGAAAAAUAGUGUCAAUGUGAUAUCAAGCAAUGAGCAAAGCUUUUAGUUUCAAACUACUUUUCAUCGCAAUUUGUCUCCUUGCGAUCGCAGUUAAAAAUUGUGAAAAUUUUCAAUUACGUGACGUGAGCUCUCCUAGCGAAACGAACAAUGUUGCUACUUCAAAAACCAAAAUUCGAUUUCCAUUUAGAAAAUUGGAAAAAAUAAAUGACCAAGAAGAAGAGGACGAUGAAACUAUAGACGACGAUGACGAUGAAAACGACAGUAAUAAUGACGAUGACAGCUCAGAUGAAAAAAUUGAGAGUGACAUUUAUAAAAAUUAUAAAUUUACUAAAGUAAGAAAACCAACAAUUGAAAUUAAGACGAAACGUGAAGAUUUCAGAUUUUCUAAGUUAGCUCAAUUCCGUGAAGAAUCUUCCGAAGAUGAGAGCGAUAAUGAUGAAGAAGAGAACGCUUCUUUUUUCUCAAAAAUCUUUGAUUUUUUUAAGAGCAAACCUAAAGAGAUUGAUGAAAUAGAAGAAAAUGACAACGAUGAGAACGAUGCAUCUGAUUCAAAUGAUCAAAUGGAAGAUGACGAAGAAAACGAAAGCAAACCAAUGCUUGUGGAAAUGUAUGACAAGUUUAAAAGGUUUUUAGAAGCACGAAAUCAUGAUCGAAAUGCAAUAACUGAAAGUGAGGAAGAUAACGACGAUGAUAAUGACGAUGUUGCAAAUAAUGAAGUAAAUAACUCAGAAGAACAAGAAGAUGACCAAAAUACUCUUAAAAAUUCAAUUAAAAAUGUUUUUGAUGUUAUUUUCAACCGAGUUCCUUUCAAUUUAAUUUUUGAUUUCGACGAUACAGAUGACACUGAUAUUAAAAGCUACGAAGAUAGCGAAGAAGAUGAUAUAAAUUAUCAAAAACUUCUUAAACAAGAACGUGAUCAAGAAAAAUUUAAAACGGAAAGUUUAAUUAAUCAAAUAGUUGAAGAAGAAACUCAAAAAAUUGUUGAAAAUAAAAUUGCCGUAGUUGAUGCAGACGACAACGAUGAAACUGUUGAAGAAAAACAAGAAAUUAAGAAGGAAUCAGUGAUUAAUGAAAAUGUGUUGAUUGUCAAGAAUGAAAAUAAACCUAAAAAGUCAAAGGAAGAACUUCAUUUAGCACAAAAACAAUUUGAGAAACUUCUUUUGAAUCUUCCAUCAUUUGUUCCUGAUUAUACAAAAGUUAAAAAUCCAGAAUGUCAAAAGCAAGGUGAAGUAUUUCAACGUCAAUUACGUGGUCAAAAACUAUGGGCGCUUCAAAUGAUGGAUGCGAAUGCGAAAAUUCCUUCAGGCUUAUUGCGUGGCAACGUCAAUCAACUAGGCGAUUUUGAUUUGUGUACCAAAAUAUCACAAAAAAUAAAAAUAUCCGAAUCGAAUAUUAUAAAGAUGAAAGGAAAAUACUGCUUAGCUAACAUUGAUGUAGUUGCUGCUGUUGAUCAACUUAAAUUACCAGUACAUUUAAUGCAAGGAAGAAACUUUAUUCGUAGUACCAUUAAUGAUCCAAAUCAUUUCUUUCCACGCUAUUCAACAAUUAAUUGGGGUCUGUGUCUUCCAUCUGCUUGUUCUUUCAAUGAUGCUGAUCAUAUUUUGGAGUCAUUCAUUGGACCAUACAAUUCAUCUGGCGUUAAGCUUCAUAUAAGCGUGGAUGAAGACAGUUGUUAUAUGCGAAAAAGUGCACAGAAUGUCGACCUCAUUAAAAGUGAUUGGAGGAUAUUUGGAACAUAUCUUUUCAUCUUUUUAACAAUAUCAGCAACAGUUUUAUCAACACUCAAUGAAUAUUUAGAUACUCCUUUCAUGACAACAAUUUUGAAUUCAAAAACAAAAACUUCUGAAGAAAAUGAUGAAAAGGAAGAAGAAUCAAAAAUAUCCACAACAACAAAUUCAUUGCCAAACAAAAUUCUUUCGUGUUUUUCUUUGAAAAGAAAUCUUAAUGCUUUAUGGGAUGACUCAAAUGUUGAAGAUAUCAAAUGCUUGCAUGGUUUGAAAUCAAUUUCAAUCAUUUUGUUAUUUAUUUCGCUUAGACUUAUUCCGAUGGGGCGUGUACCAUACACCAAUCGUAACAAAUUUACUGAAUUCUUCAACUCUCCUUUAACCGUAUUCUUAAGAUCAUCUUUUCUAUAUGAGGAUGUCUUUCUUGUAAUUAGUGGUUUUCUUUCGACUCUAAGCAUCAUAAAGGAAAUUUCUGCCGGAGGAAAAAUCGUUUGGUUAAAGAAAGUUUUAGGAAGAUAUUUGCGACUCUUGCUUCCUUUAACCUUUGUUCUCUUAUUCUAUGCGUUUAUUUUUGAAAGUAUUGGAACUGGUCCUCAAUGGAAUUUAAUUACGAAAAAUGCACAACUUUGUCAGCAAAAUAUGUGGAAAAAUGUUUUGUUCAUUCAAAACUUCUAUCCUUUUGAAGAAAUGUGUGUACCUCAAAGCUAUCAUCUUGCAGUUGACUUACAACUCUUCAUUUUAACUCCAUUAUUGGUAUGGUUAAUCUACAAAAACCCAACUUAUGGAUUUGGAAUUUAUGGAAUCAUACAUACAUUGUCAGCUGGAGCAAGAUUUUCUACUGCUGUCGAUUUUCGUCUAUCAACUGUUGUCUUUCACGGAAUGAAAUUAAGUCAACUAUAUCGAACAUUUAGCUUAUCAUUUACUGUUGCUUUGCAUCGAGCUACUCCAUAUCUCAUUGGAAUUGCUUUGGGAAUUGCAAUUAAAGAAUUUGGAAAAGUCAAAUUGUCGAAAGGAGUAACUUAUAGUGGAUGGGUGGCAACAAUUACUUCUUUAAUUUGGUGCUUUUACAAGCCAUCAAAUUUAUCUCACAAAGAUUAUCAAUAUGAUCCGAUAUCAGCUGCACAAUACUCUGCAUUAGCUCCAUUACUUUGGAGUCUCUGUGUUUCAUGGAUUAUUUUUGCAUGCUACAAUGAUGCUAGUUGGAAGCUUAACGAUCUUUUAAGCUCAAAAAUCAUGAUAUUCUUGAGUCGUAUUUCAUACUCAAUUUAUCUAGUCACAUUUACUGUAUUCUUCUACUUCAGUGGAACCCUAAAAAGCAGUGAGGAAUUUCACGUAGCAUCAUAUUUAGAUAGAAUGGAAACAUUCAUCGUUUUUAUAGCUGCCAUGUUAUUUACACUUGUCGUUGAUAUGCCAACACAGAAUUUUGUCAAAUUAAUUCUUAACUCAAACAAUUUUGUAUCAUCGACUGUUUCAAAGGAAUCGAAAGAAGAAGAAAAACCACUUGAAGAUGAGAUUGAAAAUAUUUUUGGAAAUGAUGAUGAUGAUUACGUUUUUAGGCCUGUAAAAUUGCAAUAUAAAUACGAAGAGAAUGGCAAUGAUGAACACAUUAAUGGAAAUGUCAAAGAGGAAGAACCAGAAAAAGAGGAUGAACCUGAAACAGAAGAAGUUAUUGAAGCUAAAUUUGAGAUUAAACCUAAAACUCCUAUGAACGCAAGACGCUGGAAAUGGGAAGUCAGUGACUAAAACAUACGCACGCAGUUAUACUAAGCAUUAUUUUCCGAGCUUUCAUAAGCUUUAAAAAUUGUUUUCAAG